GCCUGCGUCCGCCAGCCCUCUCACCAGCACAUCUCUCAUCUCUCCGUCUCUGCUCGCCAUGGCGCUGCUGCACUCCUGCCGCCUGCUCUCCGGAGCCACUUCCUUCCAUCCGGGCCUCGGUGCAGCCGCCGUUGCCAGAGCCAGCUCUUGGUGGACCCAGGUGGACGACCCAAUCCUGGGGGUUACGGAAGCAUUUAAGAGGGACACCAACAGCAAGAAGAUGAAUCUGGGAGUUGGGGCCUACCGAGAUGACAAUGGCAAGCCUUACGUUCUUCCAAGUGUCCGUAAGGCAGAGGCUCAAAUUGCAGGGAAGAGCAUGGACAAAGAGUACCUGCCCAUCUCGGGACUGGCUGAAUUUUGCAAGGCGUCAGCAGAGUUGGCCCUAGGUGAAAAUAACCAAGUUCUGAAAAGCAACCGAUACGUCACCGUACAGACCAUUUCUGGAACUGGAGCGUUGAGAGUGGGAGCCAAUUUUCUGCAACGAUUCUUCAAAUUCAGCCGGGAUGUCUAUCUUCCAAAACCAUCCUGGGGAAAUCACACCCCCAUCUUCAGGGACGCUGGCAUGCAGUUGAAGGGCUAUCGCUACUAUGACCCCAAGACCUGCGGCUUUGACUUCAAUGGAGCCUUGGAAGACAUUUCAAAAAUCCCAGAGCAGAGUGUCAUCCUUCUGCAUGCCUGUGCUCACAACCCCACUGGAGUUGAUCCUCGUCCUGAGCAGUGGAAAGAAAUAGCAUCCUUGGUAAAGCAAAGGAACCUCUUUGCCUUUUUUGACAUGGCAUACCAGGGCUUUGCCAGUGGAGAUGGCAACAAGAAUGCCUGGGCUGUUCGCCACUUCAUUGAUCAGGGCAUUAACAUCUCUCUCUGUCAGUCAUAUGCCAAGAACAUGGGCCUGUAUGGUGAAUGUGUGGGAGCCUUCACCAUGGUUUGUAAAGAUGCCGAUGAAGCCAAAAGGGUAGAAUCCCAGUUGAAAAUCCUGAUCCGUCCCAUGUAUUCCAACCCCCCUCUCAAUGGUGCCUGAAUUGCCGCCACGAUCCUGAAUACUCCUGAGCUGAGGAGCCAAUGGUUGCAAGAGGUCAAAGGCAUGGCAGACCGCCACAUUGGCAUGCGUACCCAGCUGGUUUCCAACCUCAAAAAAGAGGGCUCCUCCCACAAUUGGCAGCACAUCACUGACCAGAUUGGCAUGUUUUGUUUCACAGGCCUGAAAUCUGAGCAGGUGGAACAGCUAAUCAACGAGUUCUCCAUCUAUAUGACAAAAGAUGGCCGCAUUUCCGUAGUGGGGGUCACCUCGGGCAAUGUAGGAUAUCUUGCCCACGCCAUUCAUCAAGUCACCAAAUAACUCUCCCUGGUGAGA